CUUUACCUUAGUUCCGCCCCCGCCUGAGCCCGCGGACAUGGCUGUUCCUCUCAGUCAGGCGGCGGUGCGUCGAAGGGGCUUUGGUGAUGGCGGUUAAAAAAAUAAGAAUGUAAAUAUCUAUUGGCGUUUAUUUAAACCUACCGGAUUUGUAAAUUCAUGAAGCAAAGUGUUGUGUAUUUUACCCGCCGAGGUAAUUUUCCUGCUGAAAAUCGAAAGGCGGUGUCGCCAUGAAAAUUUGCCUCAAAGUCUUGAUUUCGCCUUGUAUUUGGGAUGGAGGAUUGAAAUGGAUGGGCGAGUACGUUUUUUUAAGUCACUGAUGAAGCGGUGCAAGUCUGACGAGCUGCCCCUGGAUGAGGAGCAGGGGCCGAGGCUGGGAGUUGGUGCUGAUGCAGCGCUCAGGCAGCAAGGUGAUGCUGUUCCAGCAGAUGCAGCCUGCCCAUCGCUGUCACUGCCUCCACCAUCCCGCAACAACAGAACUCAAGACCUGAAGAAAAUUCAGCAGCUAUCUGAAGGAGGUGGUUCAGGUGGUAUGUUUGGACAUGGUCUGAAGCAACUUUUCCAUCACCGAAAGCGGUCUCGGGAGCGCGAUCAGAGUAUGCAAGAAUCUUCUCAACUUUACCACCAUCCUCAUGGACACUCUGAUCAUGAUUCUGCAGAUGAAAAGGAAAGAUCUCCUGAGAUGCACCGAGUCUCUUAUGCCAUGUCCCUCCAUGAUCUUCCUGCCCGUCCCACAGCCUUCAACAGAGUCUUGCAACAGAUUCGAUCGAGACCAUCCAUCAAAAGAGGAGCCAGCCUCCAUAGCAGUAGCAGAAGGUCAAAAAGUGGACCAACUGAAACCCAGAAAGGGAGUCCACAUCUUGCCCGAAAGGCACCUCAGGACAGUUCACUGACUGCAAUUUUGCAGCAGCAUCAGUACAGACCAAGGUCGUCAUCCACCACAGACACGGCAUUUACUGCAGGAGAGAUUGGUAUCCUCCACCCAACAGGGGAUGAGUCGGAACGAAUCACAGAUAAGUUUGAAAAGGGAGAUGUGAGUACACUCAGUUUGCCAGCAAACGCCAGCCAUGGGGGCUCAGACUCCAACAUUAGCCUUGAUGUGCCCGAUGGAACGCCAGAUCCUCAUAAGACAAAAGCAGCCAUAGAACACCUUCACCAGAAGAUCUUGAAAAUCACAGAACAGAUAAAAAUUGAGCAAACUGCUCGGGAUGAUAAUGUAGCAGAAUACUUGAAACUGGCCAACAAUGCAGACAAACAACAAGCAUCCCGUAUCAAGCAGGUCUUUGAGAAGAAGAACCAGAAAUCAGCACAGACAAUUGCACAGCUGCACAAGAAACUGGAACACUACCACAGAAAACUAAAAGAGAUCGAACAAAAUGGUCUUUCAAGGCAACCAAAGGAUGUUCUACGGGAUAUGCAGCAAGGUUUAAAGGACGUAGGCGCCAAUGUCCGAGCUGGGAUCAGUGGAUUUGGUGGCGGCGUGGUGGAAGGUGUAAAGGGAGGCCUGUCUGGUCUCUCUCAGGUCACUCACACGGCAGUAGUUUCCAAACCACGGGAGUUUGCUAGUCUAAUACGAAACAAGUUUGGCAGUGCUGACAACAUUGCCCACUUGAAAGACACACUGGAUGAGUCCCACCAGGAGGAGACCAGUAGGACUCUGAGUGGCAGUGCUACACUGGUGUCAAGCCCCAAGUAUGGAAGUGAGGAUGAAUGUUCCAGUGCAACCUCUGGCUCUGCAGGUGGGAGUAACUCUGGGGCAGGGGCUGGAGGCAUGGGGAGUCCCAAAUCAAAUACACUGGACAGCCAUCAUAACAACUUUGAUACUAUCCUGGAUGAACUUCGUGAAAUUAAAGAUAGUCAGUCACAUCUGGAGGAUGCAAUGGAAGAUUUGAAAGGACAGUUACAAAGAGAUUAUGCUUAUAUGACGCAGUGUUUGCAAGAAGAACGAUACAGGUAUGAGCGCUUGGAGGAACAACUGAAUGAUCUAACUGAACUUCACCAGAACGAAAUGUCUAACUUGAAACAGGAACUUGCCAGUAUGGAGGAAAAGGUUGCGUACCAGUCAGAUGAGAGAGCCAGAGAUAUCCAGGAAGCUCUGGAGUCAUGUCUAACCCGGAUCACCAAACUGGAGCUUCAGCAACAGCAGCAGCAGGUGGUACAGCUGGAAGGGGUGGAGAACGCAAAUGCGAGGGCACUGCUGGGCAAAUUCAUCAAUGUCAUCCUGGCACUCAUGGCUGUCAUACUGGUCUUUGUCUCCACCAUAGCCAACUUCAUCACUCCUCUCAUGAAGACACGGUUCCGGGUGCUCAGCACACUGCUGCUGGUAUUGUUCCUUGUCUCCCUCUGGAAGCAAUGGGAAAAUAUUGUGUACUUCUCAGAACAGAUCCAGUUACCCAGCUGAUCUGGACAUUUUUGAUAGCUGACAGAUUGGCGUGUUUUUUUUAAUGCAAACAAGGUUUCUUGACCUCUUGUUUUUCUUCUCCUCCUCUCCCAUCCCACCUCAUCUCAUCAACGUAGAUGACAUUGUUAGUGUGGUGGCCACGUGCAACAAUACGAUUCGUGGUGCGAUGAGGCCCAAUUAGAAGGAAGAGCUGAUUGAACUACAUUAUUCUUUUAAAGAUCUUAACUGAACAGGCUGUGGUGAAUUGGUUGCGUACUGACUGAAGCGAGUAAUGAAGGAAGGCAGUUUAAGGAAGACACUGUUCAUAACGAAUUGUACCAUUUCAGUAUUUUUUUUGUUUUAUUGUUAACUUAUAACAAAUAUUUAAGAGUUUUUGUGAGGGCCGGGAGAGAGUCAAUAUUAUUUGUGUGACUGAUUAUAUAUUUAUUUAUAACUAAUAUACAUUCGAUAUACCACGAAUGGUUUGCAAGAUAUCCUAAGCUUAAUCACAUUGCACAUUCCGGUUUAUGUGAAAAAAAGUCCUUGAAACUAGUAGAAAUGAAUUCUCAAAGCAUUUAGAACGGGUGAAAAUAUGUCUUUGGACAGCUGAAGCAGGCAGAAAAUUUUGUUUGGCCAGUUUUUGCCAUUAAAGAAAAGUAGAAUGUUGGAAGAAAACUUGCAGAUGCUCUCAGCAACUAGAAGUAGUCUCCACGUCCGACCAUAUUUUUCAAAGAAUUUUGUCUUACUUUUCCCAGUCUUGCAUCUUUUGUGCAUGUUUCAUUCACUGCUGCAGUUGCCAGCAUCAGUAAAUAAAGAAAUUGUAGCAGUCAUAUGUUGGCUAGUUGCUGCACAUGUGAAAAGGCAAGAGAUGUCUUGGUCAUCGAGAUACUGCUGGAUUAUGACACAUGAUGGAAGUGGUUUGGGUAUGAGUAGUUUUCAAGUUAUAGUAGGAUCCAUUACUGUAGCAGAAAAUAGAUGCAUUAGAACCUGUUCAGCAAUUAGAUUGAUGGUGUUAUUAGGAAUUAAGACCAUCAUGUGUUACUAGGUUGAUUGUCUGCAAUUUGUUUUGAUGUAUUUAAGCACGAUGAAUUAAUUCCACUUCACUCUCCCUCAUAUCUUUCAAUUACUUGACCUGUUAACCAGGCAAUGGACAUAUCUGUGAUGGAGAGAAAGUAUUAGAACUACAUGUUGGGUUUGAUGUGAACACUUUAAGCUGUUAAAAUUAGUAUUUUUUUCCCAACUGCUGCACUGUGUGUAUCAGCUUUGUGUGGGUAAAUAAUGAUCGAAAUAAGUUUUGCUUCAUGAGAGCACACUGGCUUUUUGUGGUGCGUUGCUUGAACUUUUUUUUUAAAAAGAUUCUUAAAAAUUUUUAAAUGCCAUUUGGUGAAACAGCAUGGUAAUAUUUUCCACUCAGUUAAGCAGCACCUGGUAGAUCAGAAGAUUACAUGCAAGUUUUCCCUUUUGCUUUCUCCCCCAUUCUUUCCCCUGCAUCCUUUCAUUUUCUUGUAUUCAUUUCCAAAAGCCUUUGUGAGCUAAUGGAGACCAAAUGCCUUAUUAGAAAUAACAAGUUGGCUGUUGACCAACAGCAGCAUAGUAUAAUGGCAAUAGGAGAGAGAUUGUGGUAAUAGACCAUAGUCCAAGCAGAGCUCAGUGUGUAGGAUGUUAAAACAAAACAUCCAUGCAUCUAGCAAUCGUAUAGUUAAUUGAAAAGUUGAUUCUCAUGAAAUGAGAAUUUUUAAUCAGCUUACACCACAGAUUCAGAUGAAGGAAGUAAUUCUGCAAGUUUGAUAUUAACAAUCCAGACCAUACCAACAAUGCUUGCGUCCUGUUUUUAAAUAGUAAUUUUGUCUCAUUUCAUGUCCUACAUUACCUGUUUGUUUGUGGAAGAUGGAGUAUGGAAAUGAGAGCUUUCUUUGUUUCUAAUAUUUACUUUAAGUUUGAGUAUGAUUGUAAUUCUAAUAGGUAGGCUGUCCAAAUAAGUACUGUAAGAAACAUUUUAGCACUCUGGGGAAUCACUGGGGCAUAGGGUAGUGAGCGCAGCUUCCUCAAGUAGUUUGGCAUAGCACACCAGAUACUUGGAGGGAAUACCAGAAAAACAUUCCCACAAGAAGAUUUUUCCCUGUUUUAAUCGGAAAAUUCAUCUGUUUGAUGCUCAUUUUGGAAACAAUUAGCACCUAGGAAAUAUUGUUAGACUGAGUGCUGAUUUGAAAGUCUGUGUAGAACUAAUAGUGGAGCCUGUACUUAGAGAAAAGCCUUCCCAUCAAUGACCCAAAAAUGUAUUAGAUAUUAGUAUAUAAUUGUUGUGGUUAUAUGGAAUUUGCUAGGACCUCAAUUUAACAAAUAAAUAUGACAAAUGGUGAGACUCUGAGUCAAAUAGACCAGCCAGUUCCAGGUUUGCACUGAAUUUCCAGGCUUGUGCACAAAGAUAAUAGCUUAAACAUUGUCGGGAGAAAUGGUAAUAUGGGCCUUUGAAACACAGGAGUAGUAGUACCGGGAAUGGAGAGAGAAUAAGGAUCAGAAUGUAUCAUAUAGGCAACCAGUUAAUAAUGUUAAUCCAGCUGUACUAGAGAAAUAUUGUCUUGGGACCUUUUGGGCUAAUACACGGAUGUGGUGUCACUGGGGCCAUUCUAACACGUCUAUAGUACAUUACUGUGUGUGUGUGUGUGUAACAGGAAGGGUGAUUAGACAAGGUAGUAUGCUGUUAACGCAAUGGAAGUUCUUGCCAUUUAGGAAGUGAUGUGCUUUCCUGUAAAGGUACAGUACGAGGGAAAAGGAGUGUACAGUUUGAAGGUCACUUUGUAAUCUCAAGUUUGAAUAUUUUUAUGUAAAGCACUUUUAGUUUAAAGUAUCUUUUUCCUGUUUUGAGAAGAAUAACUUGAACCAUAGUUUUUGUAGCAACCUUGCUCGGUUGGUGAAAAUUAUAGAUCUAGAGCUUUAUGAAGAUUGAUAGAGUAUUUACUGUCCUGACCUGUUUUCAGGAAUUUAUGAUAAUAAAUAUCUUAAAUCUUUAUGUGCUUCCAGUUUAGUUUUCCAGUAUGCAUUCCUCAAUGAACAUUUCUAAUGGAAAUUUACUUUGUAGGCUUCUCUUGCUAUAAAGAUGCUGUCUUGCCAGUGCUGUACCUCUGCUGCGAGAGGGUGUGAUUGUAGUGUGGCAAGUUUACUUUUGUGUUUCUAUUAAGUAAGUGAAAAUAGGAUUUUAAAAUGAAAAUAUAAGGACAAAUUUUAAAAUGGGCAUUGAAUUAUGUUUGCACACGUUUGGUCCAUUUUACCCCCACCUUCUAAUCCUGAUUGAACUGGUUCUGAUUCUGUGCAAUACUACUGGACGUACACCCAUUGAAUUAUAUUGAUGCUAAGUAGUUUAUUAAUAGGCAUAAGCAAUGCUGAUCACUGUUCCACUUGUUCUUGUAACACAAAUGCUUUCAGCUCCCUAUCGGUCUUGGCAGUAUGAUUCCUUCCCAGAUACUUGCUGGAUUUUGUUAGUUUUAAAUUGUUAUGACGUGUUUUUGCUCUCACCACCACCUCCAUCCUUUCCUAAAGUUUGUGUUCAACCACAUUACAUCCUUAUCACAGUUGCAUCACUUAAGUAAUCCUAUGGGUAAUAAUUGAACUUACAAUGUUGGAAUCUAAGAUUGAAACAGAAUCUAGAAACAUUACAUCAACCAACAUCAGUGAAUGUUGGUUGAUGUAAACCUGAAAAAUAAGUGAACAGAUAUUUUAGUACAGUCAACCAGGGGGAGGGUGGAAUUGUACACUUGGGCAAACCUACAGACUACAGAAUGAUGAAACUGACUUGUGUCUUAUGGUUUUUCUUUUCAUUUUACUCAUGAUUUUUCUUUGAAUUAUUAUCUGUAACAAGUGCAUAUUUAUAUUUGUGUAUCCUUUCCCUGAAUGUUGUAUCUUGCCCAAGUACGCCGUUCUUUUCAGUUUUGAAAACAGUUCUAUAUUCCAAGUGUUAGUUUAUCAGUUCUCUCUCAUGCUGACUUAAGUGCUGUACAUUUCCAGCAUUUUUGAUUCACCUAGCCCUUUAUUUUGGACUUGUUUUUCAGGAAGGAAUUGAUCCCUGAUCAAGUUAUCGGGCAAAUGAUUUACAAAAGCCAGCAAUGGAUUUCUCAAAUUAAUCAUACCCACUGCAUGAUCUGCUGCCUGGGUAGAUUAAUUUUACUUGAAAAGGCCAAGUGGUAGUGAAUAUGCCUGCCCCACCAAUGGGAUAAAGCAAAUAAAUUUUAAUAGCACAUCAUUCGCUACAACAAAUUAUUUACUCUUGUUAUGGCCAUGUACAUGACUGACAGAAAAACAAAAGGUACAUGAAUACAAAAGCAAUUUACUAACCAUGCAAGUUAACAAACUUUCCUAUCAACAUUAUUUUCAGAAUUUUUGCAUUUGCCAUUUUACUACAAAUCAGAAAUAUUGCAAAACAGACAACGACAAAAUUCAUUGGCCACAGACUUAAAGCCAAACAGCAUUGUCAUUGCAGAGAUUUUCAAAUAUUAUGAAAAUAGUCCUUUAUAUUAUUCGUCAAUUUCAGUGUCAGCAAUGGGAUUCUUUCCUCGUGUCAGCAACUAAACAUUAAUUGAUACUUUCCUUUUCCACUUUAACAGCAUUGUUCUUUGAAGAUUUACUGCCACUUCCCCACCUGAGCUUUCCCUGGGGAUUGUGUAGUUCUUGCAGUAUCAAGCACUUUAUGUAGGCCAGUGAGUUCUAUGGUAACACAGUCAAAAGAGACAUUACUCUUAUGGUUUAAGUACGGAGAUAAUAGAUUCUGUUCAAGAGAGUUACCUCAGCAGGCACUACAGUGCUUUACUGUAUCACUUUAGGUGCACGUGACUUUGCUGUGACAGCAGGAACUGAAAGAGCAAAUACAACUAUGUUCCUCCAUUUUGCUUUACUAAAAUGGGUAGUCUUAAUUUAAUGGUAGAUUUGUAGACUGACAUUUUUGUUGGUUAAUAGUCUUGCUUGUUCCCUGAACCCCAGAUUAUUUGCACCAAAGAGUGUCACUGACAGGACCGGAAGAACAAUGUGUUUUCCAUUGGCUCCUUCUGUUAUUUUUAAAAAUAAUUUGUUGAAAAUAGUUAUAGAAAGCAAAAAAUGUGGAAAGCAAUUAAAUGCCUAAUUUAUUCAAAUAGUGGCAAAGAUCUGAUAAAUCACCAGUGAUAGUUAUUUGAAUAUGUGAAGAACAUUCAAUCAACUGAAAAAAACUAACUCUUUAAUAUAACAGCAUAAUGCAACUUAUAUUACAAGUCUUAAUGGAUUCUGUUACAAAGAUUUUAAUGCUUAUAAUGUUGCAGUGAUCUAGACUCCUUUUUUUCUGAACAUUGUCAGCUGCCACUAUGAAAGUACUUGAAUGUUCUGAAAGUGGGCAUUAAAGGAAAGUCCACUUUAGGGGAGGGGAUGAGUACUUUUUAUUUAUGAUACAUCCCUAUUUUACAGUAAAAAUGUGUUAAAUUGGGCAUUUUUCCCUUUCUGCUCAGUUUUUGCAUGACUAGCAUUGGGCUGGGGCAGAUCAGUUCUUUGGUUGGCCUAACGUUUUAAAUAAUGACAGUCUCCAUCGUAAGGGCCUGCUUUGCAAAGAAGAAAAUUCUUGGAUGUAAGUUUUUUUUUGCACUUUACAGGCAAAUUUGCUGUCACUGUGGCUUCCCUUGUGCUCCAAGUAUGUAACCAAAUUUUCAGAUGCUCUGUGUUGAUUAACAAAAUGAGACAAGGAGACUACAUGGAAGUUCAUUCUGUGCUAAACAUAUAUUUUUGUUUUAAUGUGCUCUACUUGCAUAGAGCCUAACUGGGCAUUUGUGCUUUGAAUUGGCAGAUUUACAAGUAGUUUAUUGUUGGCCUCCUCACUAAGACAAAACCAGAAAAUAUUUUCCCAGUUUUGAAUUCUUGAAGUUCACAGAUGCAGAAGAGGUUAGAAUUAGUGGACAUUCAACAAUAGUCAUAAUCUAGUCAAGCUUGCAGCAAGCCAUGUUAGUUGUAAUGCUAUAUAAAUAAUUAUCUUUGGUUAUGUUCUGUCCUGUAUCAGAGAACAUAUGAUAAAUGUUUCUUUGUGGCACAUGCUGUACAGAGCCCAGAAACAACUUUAUUGAUUAGAGGCAGCGGUCCAUUGUGUUACAUUAGUGAGCAUGGCAACCUUUGUCAUAGGAUGUUGUGCAUUGCAGAUUCUCAGCCCAUCUGGAUCAUGAAACCUCCAAUUGAUACAAUGAAUGUAGACCACGACUAUCCUUGUUUUAUAUGCAAGGUCAAGAGUUUAUUUUAUCAGUUAUUUAAAGAGAUACCUGAAGUUAUGAAAUGUCCUUUUUUGAGUGAAUUGUUUAAGUUGCAUUUUUUUCCUGACACUCCAAUUUGUUUUGAUUUAUUUAUUAUCACAUUCAAAAUACAGUGAUGUGUUGUAUUGUGUCACCACUCUCUGGCGCCAUCUUAAAACACAGAAAAAUAAACCAAAACGUAGAAUCUAAAGGCAGAAGAAUAAAGAAAUAAAGAUAACAUGCCUUGUUGAAACUGAAUCCCUUCUUUAUAUAUUCCUUAUAUGUAGACGCAAGAUCAGUUUUAUUGCUACGUAAGCUCUUGGGGAACAACUUCGUACACUCACAUCUAGUUCAAUGAUAUUUCCAGGUCAUACGAAUGUUUAUUGUUUCCUUUCCAUUAUUUCAAGAUUGUUCAUGCUGUCUCAAACUUAUUUUGCUUCCAUUUUCAUGUUGCAAUAUAUUUAUUAAUUACUUGAGAUCAAUGACCUUUUUACAGCUUGCUUCCACAACAGUUCCAGUUGAGGGCACUCAUUUACAUGUGACAAAUGCUCAAUUUUUUUUUAAAGAAAAUUUCCUGUGCUGCAAAGUCUGAGUGGAAGAAUUCUGUGCUUGCAGUUAAAUGUACAUCUCCGUUCCAAGAUACCUACAAAGACACAAAAGACCAUUUGAACCACUGAACAUCUGUUCCACAUAUAGAUUGCUUCUUGUGUGAAGAAAUUGUUUCAAUUAUCAGCCCUAAAACUAACCUUUAAUUGGUUGAACCUGUCACUUACUGGACACAGUGAUGGCUUUGUGUCCAAAGAUGAAUUAAUGUGUUAGAAUUUGUUCAGAUUGGGAAAUUAACAAACCCCUACCUCAGCAUUUCAAAGUCUCCGUUUUCCCAAUGAGUUAGAUUGGCUCUAACAUCAGAGGCUAGACUUUAUUCCUGGCUCAUGCUCUUCAGAGUUAAGCAUUACUGCAGUCUCCAUUUGUGCACUGUAUGAGGGAGGGGACAAAAUGAGGUCAAGUUAUCACUCUUAAAUCACUGUACAGUGGUACUGGCUUAAAAGUGUAUGUAUGUGACUAGAGUAUGAAUGAAGCUGCUCUUGGUUGAAUAGGCUGACAGUGCUCUGAAUAGCAGUGGGAGGGAGGAGAGUGGAACCAAAGGUUUUCUCACUCACUUAUAACUAGCACAGAAGGAGUAAGUGUUUGUACUGGCAUGUGGUGUGAUUAAAUCACUGGCAAGGGAAAAAAAUCAACACAUCAAUAUUAUCUCUUAGCAGGUUCUACUGAUACUUGGAUUCCUGUGGGAACUUUUUGAAGUUUUGUCGAUGGAUUAUUCAAACCUGAAAUCCGAAAUUUCAGUGCCAGUUUCUUUGGCCCUCAGGUGCUUAAGUAACCAUGUGGCUGAAUUACUUUGCCAUGUAAAACACAUUACAAUGCCAAAGAACUUAACACUGUGUCUGUGUCAUUGAAAUGUUGAUUCAAGAGGGCAAAAAUCAUGGAAGGAGUUCGAAAUUUUUUGGGUAGGGGAAUAAAGUUGAUGGUAUCAUCAGAUUAAUGUCCUUUAUAAUUGGCAAGGAUAAAGAAAUACUUGGUUACUUUAUUACUGGUUCCUCAAGGAACUUCACUUGCUGGUGUUCCUCAUUAUUUGCUCAACAUAAAGAUCUGGGCAUAGAGUUUCAAGGAUAGAUUUUAUAUUGGAAUCUCCCAUCAUCCAUUCAUUGUAUUUUACUUUCUGGAAGAAUAAAUGUCUAGAUAAAUGUACACUUCUGCAUACAAUCAAAACGCAGACCUGUCAAAAAAUAAACCAAUUUUUAAAUAAA